AGGGUGCAGCAGCGGCAAAGGCAGCAGCAGCGUUUCUUUCCAUGGAUUGAAGAGGAGGGAAAUCCUCUUCCUCAGCGUCGCCUGCAUGCAAAUGAAGCCGCCUAGGACAGAAUAAUGCUGGUCUAACACACUCAUCUGUAACCAACUCUUGACUUUGCGAGGGGCAGAGCUUUUUAGCUUGAGCCUGGGGUGCCAGGAAUCAUCACUGACAAUUUCCCAGAGCCUCCACAAAGGCUCAUACAGGUUUCAACUGAGUCUAACUUCACUGCAUCGCCCGGAUUGACGCGCUCACUGUGCGCUUUGUCCAGCGGCACUUGAGCUGCGUGAGACCCGCCGUUUUUUGUUUUGACGUGACAUUUCGCUGGCGCUGCUGUGCAUAUGUGGCCACAUAUGACGCAUCUGCGCCUUUAGCUGUUUUCCCAAUGCUUGUUUUGGAAGCUGGAGUGAUGCUUUUUUAGGACAAGUUUCCGUGCUGAUUGGUAUGUUCGUCAUGUCUGCGCGGGUUAACUUGCGCGUUUCUCUAUAGAGUCACACACACACACACACACACACACACACACACACACACACACACAGCUCUGCUCGGCGCAGAAGUUGGUUGGGAAUAAUAAUAACAACCGUGCUGAGCGCAAAGGAGGGAGAAAGAGGUGACAGCGGCGAUCAGGGGAUGUUGAGCGGCUAAAUUUACUACCAGCAUCAUCAGCAUCUCCGUGUGAGGAUCAAAACUGCGGGGGUCUGCUGCUGCUCACUCCUCUUCCUCGACACACUUCCAGUUUUUUUUUUUUGCAGAAGCCAGUCUGUGAAUUCGAGCCCUCUGUAGAAGCAGCUGCGUAAACUUGGCCAGAUCUGGUGACACUGUACCCUCUGUGUGUGUGCCGAUCAGCCCUGGAUGGAUAUGCGUCUCACCGGGGGAAUUUGAAAAGCAAGGGGGGAUUUUUAUCAGUCCCUCUUUUAUUAUAACCUCAAAAUGGAUGCCGACGACAGGCUGUGGAGACGCCACUGGAUUAGCCACUCUUCCACUGAUCUGCUUGACAUCUGAGCGGCACAAGGGGUUCAAAGUUUGGAUAAUCUAAAGAAGGCUGAAGGUGUAGGAUGCAGUCUGGAGUGAAGACGCUCUCCGCAGGUGGAGGUGCGUCACUCUGCUGCCUGCUGCUCCUCUGGCUCAUCUACUCCCAUCUGCUCAGAGAGGGCCAGUUGGCGGUGGGAACCUGCGAGAUAGUGAUGCUCAACAGAGACAGCAGCGUUCCCAGACGAACCAUUGCUAGGCAGACGGCCCGCUGCGCCUGCCGGAGAGGCCAGAUCGCCGGGACCACCAGGGCAAGACCGGCGUGUGUGGACGCGAGAAUUGUGAGGAGCCGUCAGUGGUGUGAGAUGGCUCCCUGCCUGGAGGGGGAGGUCUGCAGCCUCCUGUUCAACCGAUCUGGAUGGACCUGCACCAGGGGCAGCGGUCGCAUCAAGACCGUCACGCCUUUGCCCAAGGAGCCGUCGUAGGAUGCAGAGAAACGCAGCAAGUAUGUUCAUUGACAUCAACGCUACAAAAGGAACUGAGGCCAAUCACUACAACAGAACAUUGUGUCCAUACAACAACAACAACAAAAACCAGGCUCCCCAAACUUUACAAGCAGGCCUGACCUUCAGUAAAACAAAAAAUAAAAAACAACCCCAGAGCUUUUCCAAUCACUACAGCGAAAGACUCUCUGCAGACACUUCUAAGAACUCUGAGAAGUCUCAAGUGAGCAGCAUGGUACACCAUCGGCACUGAAUCUUCACCGCAGCCAAAUUCACAGACACAUCGCAGAAAGAAAAUCUCUCUGAGGAGCAGUCAUAACCAGGGCAGUGGAAUAAUCAUCCAAGUACAUAACCUUUCUUUGUCCAUGUUAUCUAACAGUAGGUCAGCAAGGGUCGUCUCCUUGAAGAUUUUUACCUUUGUGGCUUGAUUUAGACUUGUCAAAAGGUCUUUCAAAAGUCAGCCCCUUCAUCUUCUUUACUACCCCCCGCUAUGAAGCCUUCCAGGGUUUUAUUCCAGCCAAGUUUCUGUAAUGACAGCUCGCUGCUAAAGAGUCGUGACUUGACUGAGGUUGAGCAAGGCCUCACUGUCCAUUGGAUUCCAGCCUUUUAACACCUCUCUGUCUCAUUCAGCUGAGUGAAACUUUACAAGACCUCCAAAAUCUCUGCAUACACAUAAAAGAAGGACAUUGUGGAAAAGGUCUGUUGGAAAGCCACAAAAGAGACAACAGAAGAGAUGUGACUGUCUUUCCUCAGUGAACGAGGGUCAUGAUGGUGAAAUGUGGACAUUUUUGGACAACUUAGCUUAUAACUUAUGUUUUUGUAUGUGGUGCCAACAUAGACUAGAACAGUAGUUUUUGUCAAUGAACCUCACACAUCUUGUACACACCACCGGGAGCUUUUAGCAGAUGUGGACCCUUGGCUCAUGUAAAUGGUCUAUACUAUGUGUGGGUGUUUGUUAAUGCUUGUGUGCCUGUGUGUAAGUGUGCGAGCGCAUGUUUGCAUCUGUUCACGUGUGAUUAUGUGUGAGUAUGCUUGUGUGCCUGUGUGUGUGAGAGCGUGUGCACAUCCUGAGAUACACUGUGAAAUAAGUCAUGUCCAAUGCAUUAUUCAUACUCUUGUAUAGUUUUGGGACACGCCGAGACCAGAGCUCACCAUCUGGCAAAAGAAGCAUUUGUGAUUUUACAGAUGUUGGAUCUCAUUUAAAACCUUCACGGAUGAAUCCUGGGUUUGCCUUCUCUUUUCUUUCUUGUCUUUUCUUUAGUACAUACAGUAGAGAUAUUUAUAUUGGGGGGUGAAAUAUUAUUGAAACUGGGAAUCUACAGAUCUACAGUAAGUCACAUAAGUAAAAUUCUGUAAUUAAAGCUGAUUCAUGUGUGAUUAAAUGUAUUCAGAAUACUUGUCUAAAUUGACUCUAUUUUGAUAUGAAAUGUUUUGGCCAGCUGGGAGUGCUAUUUACUGAUAUCAAGGCUUGAUAUAUUUGAAAUUGUGUACAUAUAUACAUAUAUAUAUUCAAUUAAUGUAUUUUAUGUUUGUGGGUCUUAUUCCAGAGAAGAUAAAGAAUAGGAGGAGCACAAGAGGCAUUCUAAGAGAAGUACCAGAGGUGGACACAAUAACACAAACACCAGUAAGAUAUGUGAAAAACAAGAGAACAAAACAGGCGACAGAAAGAUGAAUCAACAUCUUUGUAAUGCAGCAUCUGAAGAAUAAUUUUCACCAAGGUAUUGUUUGUUGCUUGCCGAAGGCAAUAGUUUACAUUAUAUUGUGCAGGUGUUCCUGUUAAUGUGUCUACAACCUGAUUUUUCAUUUCUUUGUACUACAAAAUGCUGUACAUCUCCAUCUUAAUGUAUGCAUUUGAGGAUAUAAAGAGAGCGUCCGCUCCCGGGAGCUGUGGAGUGUGUA